AUGUACCUCGGUUGGAUUGAUUAUGGAGUUUUAAUUUUACUAUUGAUUUUCUCUGGUGGUAUUGGUAUUUAUCAUGGUUGUGUACGGUCAAAACAGGCAUCAACAAAAGAAUUUCUUAUUGCUGAUGGUCAAAUGAGAGUGUUACCAACAGCGAUGAGUUUAUUGGCAAGUUUAACAUCUGCUGCAUCCCUCCUUGGAGUACCAGUUGAAAUCUAUUAUUAUGGAACAAUGUUUGUUUAUUGCAUCAUUUCAUGGUUCUUCGCAACAUAUCUAACAAUGAAAUUUUUCAUUCCGAAAUUUCAUUCGAUUGGAAGUAUUAGUGUUUAUGCUUAUCUUGAACAACGUUUUUCAUUAACAAUGCGUAUAAUGGUCACAUGCAGUUUUAUUUUAGUCACUAUUCUCUAUAUGUCUGUAAUUCUCUAUGGACCAAGUUUAGCUUUGAGUCAAGUGACUGGCUUAAAUCUUUGGGUGGCAGUCGGAUUAUGUGGAGUAGUUUGUACUAUUUAUACAAGCAUUGGAGGCAUGAAAGCUGUUAUUUGGACUGAUGUUAUCCAAGCAUCAAUUAUGUUUCUUGGUCUUAUUUCGACUAUUAUAUUUGGUUUGAUUGAUGCCGGUGGAAUAUCAAAAGUAUAUGAAACAGUGAAAAAUGGUAAUCGAUUACAAUUAUCAGUUGUAACAUUUGAUCCAUCUAUUCGUUAUACAAUAUGGAGUGUAUUAAUUGGUACGACAUUUUCUAGUACAGCCAACUAUGCCUGCAUUCAAACUCAAGCACAAAGAUAUAUGUGUGUUAAAGAUACAAAAGCAGCACAAAAAGUGGCUUGGAUUAAUUAUGUGAUGAAUGUAAUAAUGCAAAUGCUUUGUUUAUGUGUUGGAUGUUUACUCUAUGCAAAAUAUAGUCAAUGUGAUCCUCUUCGAGCAAAAAUCAUUUCUCGACCAGAUCAAAUGUAUCCAUUAUUUGUCAUUGAAACAUUAGGAAGAUUUCCAGGUUUAACAGGUCUUUUUAUUGCUUGUAUAUUAAGUGCAACAUUAAGUACAUUUUCAAGUGGAGUGAAUAGUAUAGCAACAGUUAUUCUUGAAGAUAUUUAUAAACGAUUAUCAACUACACUUGAAAUAUCGAAUAAACAACAAGUUAUUCUCUCGAAAGUGUUGUCGGUGUUAGUUGGUUGUUUAACGGUAUUCAUGGCAUUUAUUGUAUCUUAUAUGAAAAGUAGUAUUGCUACAAUAAUUCUUCAAAUAUUUGGCGCAUUUGUAGCUCCUAUUCUUGGUGUAUACUUACUUGGAUUGCUUUCAUCACGAGUUAAAAGCCGAAGUGCAAUUGUGGCUUUCUUUCUUUGUUUGAUAUUUCAAAUCUUCGUACUUCUUGGAUCGAUAUUUACUGAAAAGCCACCUAAUAAACAAGGAGGACGAUUACCUACGUCUAUUGCUGGAUGUGUACAAUUUGCUAAUGUCACUAUUUCAACAAUAACAAAACCAAAUCCUAAUUAUCAUAUAUUAAUGCCUUUAUUUUCCAUAUCACCUCUUUGGUUUAUUUUUAAUGGAACUAUUCUUACUAUUGUUCUUGCAAUGAUUUUUACUUUUAUUCUUGAUUCUAAAGAUCCGAAAAUUAUCAAUCCAUCUUUAUUGGUAUCCCGACAUGAGAUAUUUUCAUGUUUUUCAUCAAGAAAAGAAAGUAUCAAACGAACAGAAACACAAAAAGAUGGAACUACGAUCGAACAAGAAGCUAUGCUUUAG